UUUAUACAUCCGGUAAAAUAUCUGUCUCAUUGUUCUCUCUGCACGACAGCCACGGCAAAUAACUAAUCAGUGAUUUUGAGUGGAAUCGUCCCUUAUAGAUGACGUCACCAAUCUGGGUCAACAACGAGCAAGUGGGCUGGUUUUCAGAAAGGAACAAAAGUGAAUUGCGUUGAAUGCGAAUAUUUACGAGAGCAUUGAGGUUUAUUUCUGAGUUUUUGUUGAGGAGCUGCAGUUAUGUCUGUAAACUACGCCGCUGGACUGUCAACAUAUGCGGACAAAGGUGUAUGCGGGCUCCCCGAGGUAAACACCCAGGCAGGCGUUAGCUAGCUAGCUAAGUUACUAUUAGCUACAAAGCUUUUCGAGGAUCCCCUCUAGCCAGAAGUGAACCUACUACCGGAGCAAUAUAUAUUCCCACUGCCAAUAUACACGACGUUCAAAACUAGCUAGCUAGUACUAUUCUAGCACUGUUGUGGUUACACACUAAAGCUAACAUGGACGCCAGUGUAGUGUUCCCCCUACCAUUACUUUGUUGUUGCUGCCGCCCCGAGUUCCCUUUGGCAUGUUCUGAGAUGUUCUCCACACACUGCAUCUGGCACCCCACUGAAAUAGAUGUCUAACCUGCCCUGUUCCCCCCUAAACAAACACUACCCUCUAAACUCUCCUUCUUACUGUUCCCACCCCAUCCUGUCCUCUCAUCUUCCACCCCAUCCUCUUCACUCUCCCCCCUGCUCUGCCCCGUUAUCUCCCCAUCCCCUUCUCUCUCCCAGUCAUUUGACAGUAAAGAGGAGUUGAAGGGGAAGGUGGAGGCUCUGGCCCAGCUGAUUAGGGAGUCCCAGUACCUGGUGGUCCACUCUGGGGCAGGCAUCAGCACCUCUUCAGGCAUACCUGACUUCAGGUAAGACCAUUACCCUGUACCGCUCAACCACUCAGAGAGCAUCUCAAUAGGCUAAAGAAGCACCCUCUCCUCCACCUCUCCUUGGUUGUAAAGGCUUGGUUCAUGGCUAUGCUGAACUGACAGAGGAUUUGGCCAGUUUAGAAAUGUAUUUAUUAUACCAGUAAAGGCCCAUUUCUCUCAAAUGGAAGAUGGAAGGAUGCAUUUUCAAAUGAUUCAAGUCAGAAAAUAGGAAAUGUGAGUCAACAUCAACCUCUUAUUUGGCUGCAGUACUGCGGUAUCAGCAAAGGAGAGCAGUAUAGGCUAGCUCUGUUACGUUUUAGUCAUUUAGCAGAUGCUCUUAUCCAGAGCGACUUACAGUUAGUGAGUGCGUACAUUUUUCAUACCAGAGCAAUGAUUGUACUGUAGUCUUGGCUGGAUCUCUGUGAUGUUGACUUUCACACCAACGUUCUAACGUUUUCUUUCACAUUACUUGUCAUUACAAUCUCAUUCAUAUUCUCUCUCUCUGCUUGUGUCUUCACUCGUUUCCUCUUUUCCCCAUCUCUGCUGUGAGGAGUGUGUAAGUCGCUCUGGAUAAGAGCGUCUGCUAAAUGACUAAAAUGUAAAUGUAAUGUGUGUAGUAAACACAAGGGACAAGAUGACUGUUAGCGGCAGCGCUCUCCUCAACUCUAGCGGACGUUACAUUCAUAUUUCAUUAAUCAGCCGGCUUGUCUCUUUGUCAUUCUGGUUUGUCUGCCUGCCUGUCUGUUUGUCAGGGAGAUAUGGCCUUGAAUUGAAUUAAUGGUCCAUUACUGAAAAACCUAGGCAUAAAAAGUACACGUUCCCCCCUAAAGCCAAUUAGCAGACUUUCAUUGCUCUUCAUGUCCUGCUGCCCUUUUCUCUAAAAGAUAAGUACGUAAUACCUGGCUGACGUACUCCUGUAGCCUAACGACUGUUAGACUGUCUUACCAAAUGGCUGAGUAGCUUUGAUCUGGUCAGAGCAGACAAUAAGUCACACAGUGAGAGGUGAGAGAGCGGGGGCUGUGUAAGUUAAAAGAGAAUGGGAAAGAGGAGAAUGCUAAGGCCUUCAUUCUGUAUUCUCAGAAUGUCUCGCUCUGCCUCUUGCGUAGAAAUGCGUCUCUUACCUUUUGAAGCCCGGCAGCUACCACAACAGAGAUGCCACAAUUUACUACAGAGAUGUCGAGAGAUUGCUUGACAGUGUCUUGUAUGUUGCCCUGUCAUAACCUUAGACUGUGUGUGUGUUUGUACACACCUCUCACACUUCUACGUUGUCUCCCUCUCUCAGGGGUCCCAAAGGCGUGUGGACCAUGGAGGAGAGGGGCGAGUCUCCCCACUUUGACACCACAUUCGAGGAAGCCCGGCCCAGCCUCACUCACAUGGCCCUGCUGGGGCUGCAUAGAGCCAGCUACCUCAAAUACCUCAUCAGCCAGAAUGUGGACGGCCUCCACGUCCGGUCCGGCUUCCCCAGGUAACACUCCCUUGCAAAAGAGAGACUGUCUCUCAAUGUGUUUUUCGUGGUUAAAUAAAAUAUAAAAACUGCUAUACUAUCCCAAUGGAACACUACAAUCAUUCUCUGACCAGGACCCGAAUUUACCAAGUGUCUCAGAGUAGAAAUGCAGAUCUAGGAACAGUUUAGCCUUUUAGAUCAUACAUAAUAAGAUUCUAUGGACAGGAGGGACUUGAUUCUAGAUCAGCACUCCUACUCUAAAGACUCUUUGUGAAUAAGCCCUGGUCUCUCAUGUGAAUAGGAUUUCAUAGAAUUGGAACAGCUACAGCUAGAGAGCGAAAUCAAAACGAUUCAAUACAUUAGCAGGAGAAUACCAUUAUUCCAAUCCAUAUGGUAUUCAGUUGGGAAGGAAAUGCUAAACUAAAGUACUCCAUUGCUUCAACACUCUCAUUUAAAUUCAUAUAAAUUGUUUAUUGUCAAUAACAUACUUAUUUGAAAUAAGCAGUCUCUGUUUCUCUUUCUGAUUCAGGGAUCUGCUCUCUGAGUUGCAUGGGAACAUGUUCGUGGAGGAGUGUGGGAAGUGUGGCAAGUACGUCAGUUCAAACCACUCUUUGUGAAAGAUGUACCACACGACGAAUUCAAAAGCAUCGAAGUGUUAUGAACUUCACAUUAGAAUGAAAGCGUACCGAAACACAGUUCAGCCCAUUUUGAACAAAAAUAGUUAUUUUGUGUGCUCUCAACUGGUUAAUUCAUGCUAAACCCACUGUCUUUGUCACACAUACACACACGUCAUAUAAAAGCCAGAUUGAUUAACCCUGCACUGGUUUUAGUUGAUGCUAAUCCUUUUCAUUUUCAUUUUUUUACAUGGGUCUCCCGGUCGCGGCCGGCUGCAACACAGCCCAGGAUCGAACCCAGAUCUGUAGUGACGCCUCUAGCACUGCGAUGCAGUGCCUUAGACCGCUGCGUCACUCGGGAGGCAUUGAUGCUAAUUCUAAUCUAAAUUAUAAUCUAAAUCUGCUAACACUGUUUGCCUACCUCAACUGUCAAUUCCACAAAAAUAAACAAGAAUAGACAGACUUCUCUCUUUCCAUAUGUUAACAACCUGAGGCAACUUGGGCAAGGGAGGCUGGCUUGUAAGCAGGGAAAACCAUUCCAGCAGCAUAUUAAUAGGGAUCACUUUUCUGGCCUUCAGCCACCAUCUGUACUCCACUACACGGGCAUGACAACAGCAGCGAAGCAUUUACGUCAGCCACCUCACACGCUCUUUAAACUCUUUGAAAUGUGUUUGUUCGCUGAUCUGUUUUGAUAACGGUCACCUGUAAAGUGGCACUGCCCAUCAGAGUUAAACUAUUUCAUUAUAUGGCACUGGCUCACUGAAGGUUCUUUACCAGUAACUCAAGGUGAAAGGUAUCACAGGUUCUGAUGGAUGUGUGGUUUUUCAGGCAGUAUGUGCGGGAAAAGGUGAUUGGUGUAAUGGGGCUGAAACCCACUGGAAAAUACUGUGAGGAGGUCCGGGGAAGAGGACUCAGGGCCUGCAGGUAACACACACACACACUGGGGAUUACUCAUACAGCUUCACCGUCUUGGUAUUUCGGAGAAAUACAAUAAUCCAAAACACUGAUAAAAUAUCAGAGAUCAUCACACUGUAUCAGUACAUAGCCAGGUACAGUACCUUGCAAAAGUAUUCAGCCCCCUUGAUGUUUUCACUAUUUUGUUGCAUUACUACCUGUAAUUUAAAAGGAUUUUUAUUUGGAUUUCAUGUAAUGGACAUACACAAAAUAGUCCAAAUUGGUGAAGUGAAAUGAAAAAAAUAACUUGUUUCAAAAAAUUCAAAAAAAUAAAUAACAGAAAAGUGGUGCGUGCAUAUGUAUUCACCCCCUUUGCUAUGAAGCCCCUAAAAAAGAUUGUGUGCAACCAAUUACCUUCAGAAGUCACAUAAUUAGUUAAAUAAAGUCCACCUGUGUGCAAUCUAAGUGUCACAUGAUCUUGUCACAUGAUCUCAGUGUAUAUAUACACCUGUUCUGAAAGGCCCCAGAGUCUGCAACACCACUAAGCAAGGGGCACCACCAAGCAAGUGGCACCAUGAAGACCAAGGAGCUCUCCAAACAGGUCAGGGAUAAUGUUGUGGAGAAGUACAGAUCAGAGUUGGGUUAUAAAAAAAAUAUUCAGAAACUUUGAACAUCCCACGGAGCACCAUUAAAUCCAUUAUUUAAAAAUGGAAAGAAUAUGGCACCACAACAAACCUGCCAAGAGAGGGCCUUCCACCAAAACUCACGGACCAGGCAAGGAGGGCAUUAAUCAGAGAGGCAACAAAGACACCAAAGAUAACCCUGAAGGAGCUGCAAAGCUCCACAGCGGAGAUUGGAGUAUCUGUCCAUAGGACCACUUUAAGCCUAACACUCCACAGCGCUGGCCUUUAUGGAAGAGUGGCCAGAAAAAAGCCAUUGCUUAAAGAAAUAAAAUAAGCAAACAUGUUUGGUGUUCGCCAAAAGGCAUGUGGGUGACUCCCCAAACAUAUGGAAGAAGGUACUCUGGUCAGAUGAGACAAAAAUGUAGCUCAUGUUUUCAGUUUUUUGGUCUUAUUUCUUGUUUGUUUCAAAAGAAAAAAUAUUUUGCAUCUUCAAGGCAUGUUGUGUAAAUCAAUUUUAAUUGCAUGUUGUAUGGCAACAAAAUAGGAUAAAUGCCAAGGGGGGUGAAUACUUUCGCAAGCCACUGUAUCUGCUAAGAAAUUACCCUAAAAUGUGUGUGUUCACACAGGGGGAAGCUCAUCAGUACCAUACUGGACUGGGAGGACGCUCUGCCUGACAAAGACCUCAACAGAGCCGAAGAAGCUAGCAGGUAAAAGAAAAAGGACAGAGAGAGAACAAAAGCAGAGCACCUCCUUAAAUAAGUAAGGGUCUUUGUGUUGGCCGUGUAGGUCAGAAUGUUAGUUAACCUGUGUGUAACAUAUUGACCUGUAUUAUGAUGGCACAGAGGCAUACAUAAGAUUAUCUAUUGAUGUGCACAGAUCCUUGUUGGCCCUGACCUACAGUGGGGAGAACAAGUAUUUGAUACAUACAAUGUGAUUUUCUGGAUUUUUGUUUUAGAUUCCGUCUCUCACAGUUGAAGUGUACCUAUGAUAAAAAUUACAGACCUCUACAUGCUUUGUAAGUAGGAAAACCUGCAAAAUCGGCAGUGUAUCAAAUACUUGUUCUCCCCACUGUAUCUUGGUGUUUGAAUGGCAUUUUGAGGCAAGCUAAGUAGCCAAUAGGCAGAUAAUGUAAUAAUUUGUCUGAUUCUCUGUAGUAAUGGUAUGGGAAUAAUAAUUGCAUCAAACAACACAACAACAUUUUCAGUCACCUACUUAUCUAAAGGACAAGUGGAUAAACAGGUUAAUGUCAAGCCCUGCAUGUUUUUUUCAAGUCUCAUGGAAUGUAGUCCUACAUUGAACAACACACAUUGGCUGCUACUGCAGGCUGAAAGAUAGAACAGCUAUUUCCAUGUUAAAAUGUUAUGGGAUGCAUUUUCUCCCCCGUUUUUUAAUGGUAGGCCACUCUGGUAGGCCUACGUUAUGAUCAAAUAGCCACAGUAGCCUACUUGGCGAUUGUUAAAACGGUGACUUCAAGCAGGUACAGCCUCAGUGUCCACAGUAAAUGCUCGCUGGAAGUUUUCUUUGGGUGGGAGCAGUCCCUGGGACUGAACACCUCCCUCUGCAACUGGAUCCUGGACUGGUGGUAGGGUAGGCAACAUCAUCUCUGCCAUGCUGACCCUCAACACGGGGGCCUCACAGGGGGGUGUUUUUUGUCCCCUCGUGUGUUUUUGUUCUGCCUUAUGUUAUUUUUAGUAUUACAUUGUUAUUGAUUACUGCAUUGUUGGGUUUAGAGCUUGCAAGAACAGUAUUUCACUGUACUUGUGCAUGUGACAUUAACUUAACACAGCAUACAGGGCAUUCGGAAAGUAUUCAGUCCCCUAGACUUUUUUCAAAAUUUGUUACGUUACAGCCUUAUUCUAAAAUUGAUAAAAAAAAAAAAAAAAUCCUCCUCAAGCUACACACAAUACCCAAUAAUGACAAAGCGAAAACAGUUUUUUAGAUUUUUUUGCAAAUUUAUAAAAAAACAAAACAGAAAUACCUUAUUUACAUAAGUAGUCAGACUCCACCUGUGGUAAAUUCAAUUGAUUGGACAUGAUUUGGAAAGGCACACACAGUGCAUGUCAGAGCAAAAACCAAGCCAUGAGGUUGAAGGAAUUGUCCGUAGAGCUCCGAGACAGGAUUGUGUCCAGGCACAGAACUGGGAAAGGUACCAAAACAUUUCUGCAGCAUUGAAGGUCCCCAAGAACAUCAUUCUUAAAUGGAAGAAGUUUGGAACCACCAAGACUCUUCUUAGAGCUGGUUACCUGGCCAAACUGAGCAAUCAGGGGAGACAAGCCUUGGUCAGGGAGGUGACCAAGAACCAGAUGGUCACUCUGACAGAGCUUCAGAGUUCCUCUGUGGAGAUGGGAGAACCUUCCAGAAGGACAAUCAUCUCUGCAGCACUCCACCAAUCAGGCUUUUAUGGUAGAGUGGUCAGACGGAAGCCAAUCCUCAGUAAAAGGCCCAUGACAGCCCACUUGGAGUUUGCCAAAAGGCACCUAAAGACUCUCAGACCAUGAGAAACAAGAUUCUCUGGUCUGAUGAAACCAAGAUUGAACUCUUUUGCCUGAAUGCUAAGCUUCACAUCUGGAGGAAACCUGGCACCAUCCCUACGGUGAAGCAUGGUGGUGACAGCUGUGGGGAUGUUUUUCAGGGGCAGGGACUGGGAGACUAGUCAGGAUCGAGAGAAAGAUGAACGGAGCAAAGUACAGAGAGGUCUUUGACGAAAACCUGCUCCAGAGCGCUCAGGACCUCAGACUGGGGUGAAGGUUCACCUUCCAACAGGACAACGACCCUAAGCACACAGCCAAGACAAUGCAGGAGUAGCUUCGGGACAAGUCUCUGAAUGUCCCAGCCAGUGCCUGGACUUGAACCCGAUAGAACAUCUCUGGAGAGACCUGAAAAUAGCUGUGCAGCGACUCUCCCAAUCCAACCUGACAGAGCUUGAGAGGAUCUGCAGAGAAGAAUGGGAGAAAUUCCCCAAGUACAAGUGUGCCAAAGAAGACUCGAGGCUGUAAUCACUGCCAAAGUUGCUUCAACAAAGUACUGAGUGAAGGGUCUGAAUACUUACGUAAAUGUGAUGUUUCAAAUGUUUUUAUUUUUAAUACAUUUACAAAACUUUCUAACAACCUGUUUUUGCUUUGUCAUUAUGGGGUAUUGUGUGUAGAUUGAUUGAGGAAAACGUUACAAAAUGUGGAAAAAGUCAAGGGGUCUGAAUACUUUCCGAAUGCACUUUAUAUAGCAGGUUCUAAGGUGGUGGACCUGGUUGGUUGUAGGUAAUGAUUAUGGGUAAUGUAGUUUUGUUGUUUCUCUGUCUAGGCGGGCCGACCUGGCGCUGACCCUGGGUACCUCUCUGCAGAUCAAGCCCAGCGGAGACCUGCCCCUCUUCACCAAACGCAAGGGGGGCAAGGUGGUCAUCGUCAACCUUCAGCCCACCAAACACGUGAGUCUCGCACGCCACACACAAACUCCAACUUACAAAACACGAGUGACGCACACACACUUACCCACAUAUAUACACACACACACACACACACACAACCGUAGUAGCACUCACACACACUCAAAACAAUCUGUGCACCACUAAACAGACACGCACACAAACUUCAACUUACACGUAAUUAACAAACUAACACACUGCAUCCUAUAAAAAGCUAUAUAAAGAGCUGCGAACAUGAACACCAUAGCGGCCGAUUUCCACAAAUGAUGUAGAAAGAGAAUGAGAUGUAAAUUGUUAGCACAGUUCAAAUCAACUAGCCCACAGAUGUUUACAGCCUAUUAUCUUCAGAACUUUCCUAUUGUCACAUAGAACCGUGUAAUUCUAAGGUCUGGUGUCCUACAGAAGUUUCAAGUUAGAAAUAGAACCCAGCCGCAUGAAUAAUUCAGCCAAUGUGUUCAGUGAGAUCACACUUGAUUAAUGACUCGACACAUUCUCACAGCUAAUCCUACUGCAGGACCUUUAGAAAGUUUGGAGACAAUUCAUUGAUGGCUUAUGUUCCGUAAGGAAUACAAAGGCAUACGUAAGAAGUUUAGAGAGUUGACAUACUGAACUUCUGUAGAUGCAGUAUCGUCUAGAUGUCUAGUCCUGCACUUGUCUGGGUGGUUUCACCCUUAAAGGUGGACAAGUAACAUUUUCGCAGCUGACUGAUCUCAUUUUGAGGGCCUGUAGUUUUUUUUGAUCAGGUCACAUCACAUGGUAAGUUUAAACUCCUGUCCUGGCCCUUCUGUCAUUUGUGUUCUGCAAACACCGACGUGGUAGGAACUAGGUUGUUGUUACUGGUAGAGGUCUCAAGCUCGUGUUUGUUUCUGUCUGGCAGGACAAGCACGCGCACCUGCGUAUCAACGGUUAUGUGGACGAGGUUAUGAGCCAGCUGAUGGAGCUGCUGGGAUUGGACAUUCCAAAGUGGGACGGGCCCACCGUCUGUGAGAGCUCCACCCCUGACCAGAAACCACUUCCUGCCAUCUCUACAAAGAAGGAAGUGAAGAAGGGGCUGAGGAAAGAGGGUAAAAGGGAGGGCAGGAAAAGACUAGCAGAACCAAAGAAGGAAGAGGAGGAUGAAGAGAAAAUUGCAGUAAAGAAAGAGAGGGCGGAACCACCAACGGAAGAGCAUGAGAAAGAUCUCCAGGCCUUGACUGACUCUAGCCCUGUCCCAGUCCAAACACAGAACCAGGACCUGUCCAGAGUUGUAAGAGACCAGAACGAAACCAGCUCCCCAACCCUCUCCCUCUGACAGUUCAGACAGCCCCCAAGAGCCCAACAGAGUAAAGAAUUAGCCAGUAGUGUCUUAGUAGUGUACCCCCAACCCAUCAGUUCUUAUACACACUGACCCAGAACAAUGGUAGCCAGCUGCCUGGGACCAAUGCAGAAAGGUCUGUGUAGGUGAGAAUGUAUACCUCUGACAGAACAUAGGGAAGGAUCGAUAAAGUACCAGGGAGAACCAGCAGGACUACGGCUCUCUAGUGAACAUUUCUCAGCAAUACAGAUAUAGAGAAGGGAAAGAAGAGCCUUGAAUAUAAUAGUAAUCCGACCAUGAAAGACAUGUACACUAGAAGAGUCAGAGCAAGGCCACCCAACACCACACAAUCACCCAUACUUAAAAUGUAUGCAUGCAUGACUGUAAGUCGCUUUGGA